CAAUUCAGAAGUAAAGCACAUCAAGGUGACCACAUCAGAUGGUUUAUUCCGUGUGACAGACAAGAAGGCCUUCAAGUCAUUACUGGAAUUGGUGGAAUUUUACCAGCACAAUUCCCUAAAGGAAUGUUUUAAGACGAUGGAUACAGCUUUGCAAAAUUCUUUCCAAGAACCAGAAAAAAGAACCAUUCCUAAGUUUUCAGGGGCAAGUUUGAAGUGCUUUGGGACAGCAAAGGCCCGUUACGAUUUCUCAGCCCGGGAUCGAUCGGAACUGAGCUUGAAAGAAGGAGAUGUGGUUAAGAUCAUCAAUAAGAAAGGAUCACCUGGAUGGUGGAAAGGAGAAGUAUACGGCAGGGUCGGUUUUUUCCCAGCCAACUACGUGGAAGAAGAUUAUUCCGAUUACUGUUACUGAAGCUUCAGCCUUCUGUGGGUACUCCACCGAUGAUACAAAGGAGACUCUCUCUCAAGAUAAAGGUCACUUCUCUGUGGCUUUCUGCGUCCAGAACCUCACUGGAGGGGUGCCCUAAUAAUCUCAAAGUAUUAACUUUCUGAGUUCAACUCUGGCAACAUUGUAUUCUUUUAUAUAAACAAGAUUCUUUCCAAUAUAAUCAAGAAUUGAUUUGUCUGUAUUUAUUAAUACAGUUUAAAAAUAUUCUCAAGAACA